AUGUUAGACAUCAAUUUGUUUCGCGAAGAGAAAGGCAACAAUCCAGAGAAAAUACGCGAGUCACAACGACGUCGUUUUGCUAAUGUCGAGAUCGUCGAUGAAAUCAUUCGGUUUGAUAACGAAUGGCGGCAACGUCAAUUUGAGCUUGAUAAUUUACGUAGAGAGUUUAAUAAGCAGAACAAAAGAGUCGCGCAGCUUAAAAUCGCGAAAGAAGAUGCAACGGAAGCAAUUAAAGAUACUGAAGAGGCAAAAAAAUUGAUAGCUGAUAAAGAAAAAGAGGUGCAAGAGGCUAAAGAUGCGCUGUAUUCUAGAUUGUCAACUAUUGGUAAUCUCGUGCAUGAUUCAGUGCCGUUUGACAAUAACGAGGAUAAUAAUGCUGUGAUUCGGGCGUGGGGGAAGAAGCGAGUGGAGAAGAAGUUGAGGAAUCAUGUUGACCUUGUUGAACUUCUGGGGAUUGCGGACUUGAAGAAAGGUGCUGAUGUAGCAGGAGGUAGAGGCUUUUACCUCAAAGGUGAUGGUGUCCGACUUAAUCAAGCAUUGAUCAACUUUGGCCUGGAAUUCUUGGAGAAAAGAGGGUACACGGCCUUGCAGACACCCUUUUUUAUGAGAAAAGAUGUCAUGGCAAAGUGGGCCCUGUUAGCACAAUUUGAUGAAGAGCUUUACAAGAUCAUCUAA